ACUAUACAUGGGUUUGUGUAAAUAAUCUUGGGCAGGCUGAAGCUGCACGGUCAUCCGCCCUGUGAGAAAUGAAACAUAGACCGGCCAAAAUACAUCGUACUGCGCGUCAUGGCCACUUUACUGGAACGCCUGGUUUUCCUGCAGAAAGUGCCCACGCUCAUGCGGGCAACAGCAGAUGACGAAUCGCCAUGUCCAGGUUAUCUCUUUGAGGAGAUCAGCAAUAUUUCCCACGAGUCUGUGGGCUGCUGCCAGUGUCUUUUGGAGUAUCUCUUGGAAAGACUGCAGGUGGAGUCCUGCCACGUCAAACUCAAGGUCCUGAAGAUUCUCUUACAUUUAUGUAGCCACGGACCACCUCACUUUCUCACAGAGCUACGACGAAAUGCUACAUUUAUACAGGAAGUGAUCGCGUACAGCGGCCCUCCGGACCCUAUCCACGGCAAUGCCCAUUUUCAGAAAGUCAGAAGCACUGCUCAGGAAUUGGCCAGUCUGCUGUUUAAUGAUACCAUGUCUUUAGAUUCUGGAGUUACUACAUGCAAAACAGUCAAAACAUCCAUGGGAAUGGGCUCUGAGUCGCUCAGAUCUGGCAUGCAGGGGUUUGGAAACAGCCCAGGAAAAACAGAUUCCAAUGGAGCGACUUUACUGGACAAAAUACAGAGAGCUGCAGAAGCGGUUGCCAGCGCUGUCCUUCCUCCAGCAGAGCAUCCCGGAAUCCGUCUCCAUGACAACCACUACCACGCUGUGGUGGCUCCAUCCGCUGCCGUGGAGAUGGCCGUGCCAGCGUGUGCCUACAACAUCCGAUCCCACGACCACAGAGCAUCUCACAGGUGUCCAGGGCAGGCCGGUGGAGGCUGGGAAGAGACGGACAGUGGUCACAGCUCCUCCCAGAACUCCUCCCAGGAAAUCAUGCCGGUCAGCCAGACCUCAGUAAGCAGCAGUAGUAAGUCAGGUGGCUCGGGCAGCCACUCGGGGGCGAGUCGUGAAAGCGGUGAUUUAUCAGAGCGUGUGGAGGCCAUGCAGCUUGGGGACUGUGGUCAGGAGAUGGCACUUAUCAACAGUCUGACCAGCGGUUCCAAAGUCUUCUUAUCCAGAGAGGAGAGCCAACACUUCAUCAAAGAAUGUUCCACUCUCAACUGUGAGGUGGUUGUUGAACUUCUCUCUCGCAAACUCCAGGACCACACACAAACUGUCCAAAUGAGAGCGCUAUGUGCUCUGGUUUGUCUGAUGUCAUCAGACUUCCUCUCCCUAGACCACAUUUUCAAUAUCACACACAAACGCCUUGCACAGCUUAGUGAAGGACCAGCAGGCCCUGUCGCCAACAAAGCCACAAAGCUCCUAAGGCAAUUUGAAGCCUUGCUCGGCUGUGUCACACAUCCCAGGUGUCCAGCCUCUUCCAGCUCUUCACUUUCAGAGCAGCCCUCCAAAUCGUUCACUUUCCUUCUUGGACAACUAGAAGAAACGGCAACUUCAUAUGAGUCACCACCGCCUAUAGAUCUCUCAGAGGGUAACGUCACCGCACCCGAGUCUCCGAUCAAAAGAGUACAAGAAGAGGAGAGAAACCGCUCCAAGCUCUUAGAAGCUUCCAGACUUUCGUUGUUCAGUGGGAUGGAGCUGGUGAACAGAAGCAAACCUGUGUGUUUGGUUGAGCCGGUUCCUGUCGAGACAGAUGUCCAGACAGGUGCGACUGAGAAAAGAUGUGAGAGAACUAAAGAGUCACCUGCGUCUAGUGCACCCGAACAAUGCAAAGAGCAAACGUCGGCCUUCUCUUUCCUUAAUCUCUGAUGCUAACUGUAUUAUUUAUGCAUAAGUGUUCUGACAGGGUGAAGUACUUAAUCCUUUAAUCUAAAAAAGGCAUUUCUUACCUGUAACUACUGUUCUUGACACAUAAUAUAAUAUAAAAAUGAGAUCAUAUUCCAGUUACAUAUAGAUAUGAAUAGUUCACCUAAAAAUGGAAAUUCUGAUAUUAUUUACACACCUUAAAGUUGUUACAAACCGGAUAAAUUUCUUUGUUUUGUUUUGUUAUUUCUAAUCAAGCACCAUUGACUUUCAUAAUAGGAAAAAAUACUAUGGAAGUCAAUGGUGCUCAAAAACUGUUUGAUUACAAACGUUGCUUUAAAUAUCUUCCUUUGUGUUCAACAGAACAAAGAAAUGUAUACAGGAUUGUAAUUUGAAGGUGAGUAAAUAAUGACAGAAUUUCCAUUUUUGGGUGAACUAUCCCUUUAACUUGUGCAAUAACCUAAGUAUAAGCAUUCUUUAUUGGAAAAUGAUCUGUGUGUUUACCAGGUCAUUGUCUUAGCCGGUACCUGUAGCGAUGAAACCUUUGAAAUAUAACAGAUGCACGCAUGAGGAUGAAUUCUGACUGCAGUUUACUCUAUGCACCUGUGAAAAUGCUGCUAAUGGUGCAAGUAAGGGAUUAAGUUUUGAUGAUCAGUAGUGGUAUGUGUAAUUCUGCAAAGUCAUUCUGAGAUACAGUACAAUACAGAAAACUGAAUCAUUUUU